AAUAGGACUUUCUCAUGAGAGCGCACCCUUUUUAGGGGGUGGGCACUGUGGCUCAGUGGUUUGUGCAGGGGCCCGGUUUCGAUUCCAAACCUCGGGGUUUGCACGUCCAUCCCCCGCGUGGCUUUCCUCCCAUAGUCCAAACAUGUGCAGUUUAGGUGGAUUAGCCACGGGAAAUGCGGAGUAAUGGUUAGGGGGGGUAGUACAUAAUUGAUGGACCGGAUGGCCUCUUGCCGCACAGCAGAUAUGCUGUGAUUUUUACUGAGGGAGGAGAUGUGUGGCUCCCACUGGAGGCAAAGAGAGGUGAAUGUAACACAUCUUCCUCAUGCAUGCUCUCUGUUUUCCUGACCUCUUACAUUCGUGCUAUAAUGGCAGCUCCAUAUUUGCCUCCAGUGAGUGUAUUGCUCUAAUGUGAACUUGUAGAUCAUGUGAGGGGAAACAAAUCCAAUCCGUCAUUGCUGCUUAUAUGCUGACAGACCUGCCGAGAUUUUCCAGCAUUUUUCUCUUUUGAUUUCCAUAUUGGACUUGGGAGCCAUCAGUACUGUCAAAUUCGUACAUAAUGCACAAUGGUGAGAUGGGAGUAAUAAUUUAAAUUGUGGAGUAAUGGCAGUAAGCCAAUUGAAUGAGACUUUGGCAGCCACUUCUCUCAGUGAUAGACCAGAAAAUGCUCCCACCGAAGAACAGACUAAUCCUGAACCCUUCACUUGGACAUGCCCAGAUGGUUCCUUCGUGAAGAAAAUUCUGCAGAGAGGUAGUGGUCUCGAUAAACCCAAAGAAGGUUCAAAGUGUCGUGUUUGUGUGGACGUGGAACCCUCCAGCAGUUUUGAUGCAGGGACCCAUUUCCAAAACGGGAUCAAUCAGUCAGUUGAGCUAAUUCUUGGUGAGACUGAUACACAGUUUGUAGAAUUAAUCGAGAAAUGUGUUGAGACGAUGCUUUUGGGAGAGCAAUGUGAGCUAAUCCCUGCUCCAGACUUGAUGAAAACAUUCACAGAUUGCAGAGAAGGAAUGAGAAUGGUUGUGAAGCUGGAGGAGUUCACCCUCCAGCAGGACUCCUGGGAAAUUGGAUUUGAGGAAAAAUGGCAGAUGGCUAUGCAUCACAAAGCUAAAGCCACUGAGCAUUUUAAAAGUGGGAAUCUUUUUGGAGCUGCACUACGUUAUGCAAAAUCCCUGAAGCUGCUGGUGACUGUGAAAUAUGAUGUGCCUCUUGAGAAAACCAAGGAGUAUGUCCAGGCCAGAAAGGCCUUGUAUUCAAAUCUGGCAGCCUGCCAGAUAAAACAGAAGCAGUACAGAAAUGUCAUCCACAACUGCUCAAAGGCACUGGAGAUUGAGCCAGACUCUGUGAAAUGCCUGUACCGAAGGGGUCAGGCCUAUGCCUCCAUUAAUGAGUUUGACAAAGCCAAACGUGAUUUGAAGCGAGUACUGAAAUUGGAACCAGCAAACUCUGCUGCUGCAGCGCAACUUCGAGUUCUUAUUGAACAGAUCAAGGCACAAAAUGAAAAAAUGGGCAAAGCAAUGAGUAAGCUGUUCACCUGAGAGUGUACACAUCAGGAUGAAUCGGCAAAACAUUCUCUUUCAUUAACAGAGUAGCACUUGACCACAGGAGAAUUUCAUGUUUUGGACUAAUAAAUGUAUAGAGGAUGUUUCAUUAAUUAUAUUGUGUCUUGGGUUAUAAUGCUAUAAAAUUGUUUUACAAGAGAUCAAGAAGACUGUUUUCACAUGUUUAUAAGACAAAUUCAUUUUUAUGAACCCAGACGAUACAAUAAAAAUUGGUCAUCACGCAUGAUUUGAUUCUGGGAAGACAGAAUAGUUGAAGAAGUGUAAUGAGGUUGAGUGGUUAACUGGAACUGUAAUUCAUUGCAGAUUGUAUUAACUCUACUGAUGUUUGUCAGUAUUUAAUUAUCUGAUGAGGGAAGUUUCUGUAUUGCCAAGAGCCUAGCUCCUAUUACGUGAAAGCAUGGAUUUUUGAUAUUUUCAACUGUGGCACCUGUAAUAUAGAGUGUAAACUUUUAAAUAAACUGCCAAACUUUCUGUGCAAUGAC